ACCCUCCUUCUCCCUCGCGUGAAGCAUCAGCCGCAUAGCAGCAUCCCAUUCGAUUUCGCGCUCUUUCUCCGGCUACUCUCUGCGACGGUGUGCACGGCAACCAACGAACCCAAGAAGCGCAACGGUGCAAGACUCACGAACAGUGCCGUUGUUUCCUCUUCGGCGAUUCGCGAUGCUGACCGGCGCGAUUCUUUUUGCGGUGGCUAUUUUUCCGUCUUACUGUACCACGAUGCAUUUCUAAACUGUGAGCGAAAAUGCGUGUUCUUUCACGGCCUCAAUGCCCACAGAUCUGAUCGACAGCGCGAGGACUCUCCACUGCGGCACGAGUUUGAUUGCAUAAGCGGCACCCUAGCAUUUUUGAAAUUACCCACACCACGUUCGGCCGAAAAUUAGAUUUCCCACGAUCCGUGAGGCUUAGAUUUGUGAAAUCGAACGAAUUGCAAAUUUGAGCCCUUUUUGGCAAGGUUCAGCAGCUUUGAACCAAUUCGAGCUCAAUUGAAUACUUUCCAGCACGAAAUUGAGUUCGUUCCUUCAAGUUUUGGUGGAACAUUUUCAGAUUGAUUUAGGAAAUGCUUUAGCACUUUAGGCACUUUUAUCGUGAAAGCAACUAUGAGAAAUCAUUCACCAACUUCUCCAUUCCUUCUCUACUCCCACUUAAAAAACAAGCCUCUUGGUUUGAAAUCAGAAAUUGCAGGAAAAACUAUCUUACAUUUAUCAUCUUCUGGGCAUAUCAAUCAAAGCACGGAUGCUUUGGUGGAAACCUCGUCUAAAGUGGCCUCGCAGAGUAACUUAGUUGCUUUAGAGUCCAUCAAUGGUAAAUGUGGUACCUCACCCGAUUUUGCUUUAACUGAAAGUCAUGUGAUAAACACUCUUCUAGGCAACAUAAGUGACCCAAAAUCAGCAUUGGAGUACUUCAAAAGGAUUGAGAAGAAGAGUGGUUAUGUCAAGAGCACUAAUGCUAUAUCUGUCCUGCUUCUCAUUUUGAUGAAUUCGGCAGAGACCCAGAAAAUAGCUCAGAAUAUGCUCAAUCGGUUUGCGUCAGGAAAUUCAGUCUCCUCUAGUUGUCUUAUAAACGGUUUAGUAGAAUGCAUGAAGCUGUACAGUUUUCCAUCAGAUAUCCAGGUUUUUAAUUAUUUAUUGAAUAGUUACGUUAGAGCUUACAAAAUUGAAGAAGCUCUUCAUUGUUUUAAUAAAAUGGUAGAAUUUGAUGUAAAGCCAUCAAUUCAGUGUAUGAAUAUUCUUUUGACUGCUAUGGUUAGGAAAAACAUGAUUUGUGAAGCACGGGAGUUGCAUAACAAAAUGUUGCUGGAAGGAGUUGCAGGUAACUGUUUUACUCUGCAUGUUAUGAUGCGUGCUUGUUUGAAGGAAAUAAAUAUUGUGGAGGCAGAGCAGCAUUUUUUAGAAGCAAAAGCAAGAGGAGUGAAACUUGAUCCACAAGCAUAUAGUACUUUUAUCCAUGUAGUUUGUUUGAAACCGAAUUCUGGAUAUGCUUUGUCUUUGUUAAGAGAGAUGAGAGCUACAGGUUGGGUUCCUUCUGAGGGCACAUUUACAAGUGUUAUUACUGCUUGUGUGAAGGAAGGAAAUAUGGUAGAGGCUUUGCGGCUGAAAGAUGACAUGGUUAAUUGUGGGAAGUCUAUGAAUUUGGCUGUUAAAACAAGUUUAAUAAAGGGUUAUUGCAUGCAAGGAGACCUGAGUAGUGCUCUAGAUCUUGUGAAUGAAAUUUAUAACUGUGGUUUGGUUCCCAACAGAGUUACGUACUCAGUUAUGAUUGAUGGUUUCUGUAAGAACGGGUGCAUGGAAAAGGCAUAUGAAUUUUACUCUGAGAUGAAAAUUAAGGGCAUCAAGCCAAGUGUUUAUUCUUUGAAUUCUAUGAUACAAGGGUAUUUGAAAUGCCAGUCUUUGCAGAAUGCAUUCACGAUGUUUGAUGAAGCAGUUGAGAGUGGUCUUGCAAAUGUUUUCACGUUUAAUACUUUAUUAUCGUGGCUUUGUAAGGAGGGUAAGGUAAAUGAAGCUUGCAAUUUCUGGGAUGAGGUGAUUGUUAAGGGUAUCAGUCCUAAUGCCGUUUCUUACAAUACCAUGAUACUCGGUCAUUGUAGAAAAGGUAAUGUUAUUGAAGCAUGUAAGGUGUACAAGGAGAUGCAAGAUAAUGGUUUUACCCCAAAUGUUGUUACCUUUUCUAUUCUAAUGGACGGUUAUUUCAAGAAAGGUGAUAUUGACAAUGCUUUUAGUAUAUUUCACAAGAUGAUAGAUGCUAAUAUUCUCCCCACAGACAUCACUUUAGGCAUUAUUAUCAAAGGUUUGUGCAAAGCUGGUCGUACUUCGGAGGGAAGGGAUAUGUUCAAUAAGUUUGUUUCUGAAGGUUCUAUUCCUACAUGUGUAGCUUACAAUACUAUUAUUGAUGGUUUCAUCAAGGAAGGUGACAUUAAUUUGGCCUUGAAUGUAUUUAGGGAAAUGUGUGAAGUUGGCAUUUCUCCUAGUAUUGUUACCUACACGUCCUUAAUUGAUGGGUUUUGUAAAAGUAAUAAUAUAGAUCUUGCUUUAAAGUUGUUGAAUGAUAUGAAAAGGAAGGGUCUUGAAAUGGACAUUACGGCAUAUGGCACACUUAUUGACAGUUUUUGCAAAAGAAGGGAUAUGAAAAGUGCAUGUGAACUUUAUAAUGAACUUCUUGGAGCUGGUUUAUCUCCAAAUGUUGUUAUCUACAAUAGCAUGAUUACUGGGUUUAAGAAUCUAAACAACAUGAAAGCAGCAAUUGACUUAUAUAAGAACAUGGUGAAUGAGGGGAUUCCAUGUGAUUUGCAAACUUAUACCUCAUUGAUUGACGGACUCCUGAAAGAAGGAAGACUUCUUUAUGCAUCUGAUCUCUACACUGAAAUGCUUUCCAAGGGUAUUUCGCCUGAUAAUCGAGCACAAACAGUUCUCAUCACUGGUCUUUGUAACAAAGGACAAUUAGAAAAUGCACGCAAGAUUUUGGAAGAGAUGAAUGGAAGAAACUUGACUCCUAGUGUUCUCAUUUAUAACACAUUAAUAGCUGGACACUUUAAGGAAGGAAAUUUGCAAGAGGCUUUUAGGUUGCAUGAUGAGAUGCUGGGUAGAGGUCUUGUUCCUGAUAACACUACGUAUGAUAUUCUUGUCAACGGAAAGUUCAAAGGAGAUUGUACUUUUAAUAGAGAUUUGAGUUUCUAAGUAGCUAGACUCGCCCUUCUCUAUUGUUCCGAAAAGAAAGCGUGGUUAUUAGGUAUGUUUUCUUUUUCAUUUUGGAAACGUUAAGAGGUUUCAUGUCUUUGUCCCUCUUCAGUUUCAAAGAGCAAGCAAGAAGGAAUGAACCAACCAACCUUUCUUUAGAGAGAGAUGGUCACUGAUCGAGCAGAACUUCAAAAGGUACUGGAUACAAGCAAUUUUGGGAAAGUAUAUAGAACUCGGUAUAUAAAUAUUAAUGCCUUUACACUAAGUUUAGGUAAAUUUUGUAUGUGCACUUUUUAUUUGCCUUAAAGUUGUUAAAAAUUCCUGGGUUGGUUAAUCACUUAAAUGAAACAAGGUGUAGCUAAAUAAAUAUAGUAAUUUGAUUUGCAUAAAUAAAAAAGUUUGGAACUUAUCAAACAUAUUGUGCAGCUUCAUAGUGUGUUCUUUCAAAAUAUUCAAAAUUAUAAGCGUUCUUGUAAAUUAGAUUGCAAGUUUCAUUUGGCUCUGGGGGUUUAUUAAUUUUUUUAUUCAUAGAUGUUCUUUAAUUUGUAUUCUUGCGCUGAAAGAAGGAUGUGUGCAACCAGAAAGCUUUUCUGUUCUACUCGUACUUUCCAUUCCUUUUGUAAAUUUCAUAUAUUUCUUAUAAAAAAAAGGAUUUUUUUAAUACUCAGCCUUACAUAAGGCCUCCUAUUCUGAUAGGAUCCAUCCAAAAUCUUUAACUUAAUGGGUUAUGGUAAAUUUAAUCUCAUAUCAUUACUUUUUACCCUAUGGGUACUUUUUUAUUUCACAAAUGCCUUAGUUCCAUACUUUAGUUGUUGUAAUUAUGGGGUUGUAUUUCUGAACCAAAAUAUUUCUAGUAUUUGUACUUGAUGAAGGGAAAGUGUAUUACAGGGGUUCGGUCUAAAUAGUUGACUUCAUUUGCUUCCAUAUCUUGUCUUCUUCUUUUAGAUGAACGUCGUGGGGUUAUCAAUGCUUUUACAUUCCUUUACAUGUAGUAACAACAUAUCAUGGUUUGACUUAUAUAAACAUAUGCAU